AGAGCCCGGGCUGCGGGGUGAGGUCCGGGGCGCGGGACAGGUGUGCCCCCGCCCCCCACCAUGCGCGCCGCGUCGCUUCUGCCUCGCCCCGCCGUCGCCGUCCGCACCGCGCCGCCCGCGCCGCCGCCCGCCAACGACACCCGCAGCGCCGACGCGCUCGUCACCCGCCUGUCCGGCCUGGUCCGCGACCUGCCCGCGCUCAAGGUGGCCGUGAUCGUGGCCUGCGCCUUCUCCGCGCUGCUCGUCGCCUGCCUGCUGCUGCGUGUGCUCAGGUCGGGGCGACGGUCAAAGAAGCCCCGCAAGUAUGACAUCAUCACCACCCCGGCCGAGAGCGUGGAGAUGGCCCCCCUGAAUGAGGAUGAGGAUGAUGACGAGGACGCCACCGUGUUUGACAUCAAGUACAGGUGAAAUUCGGUCUUGCUGCUGGUGCCUGGAAGAGCGUGGAUCAGCGACCGUGAGAAGCAUCUGGAAGCGUCACAUCCCAGGUGUCAGC